CCGAACCCGAACCCGAACCCGAGUCGUGUGCUUUUCAGCCUUUCACUGUGAGAAAGUUGCUCCGACACAACAACAACACACAGAAGAGGCCACACCAAGUUUCGCUCCAUUUUCCACCCUCAGUGUAAUAUGCAACAAAGAUUGAAGCUUCAGCAACAACAACAACAACAAGCUAUAAUGCAGCAAGCCCUUCUUCAGCAUCAGCAACAACAAAUGUACCAUCCUGGUGUGCUCGCUGCUGCCAUGUCUCAGAUGGAGCCUAUCCCUGGUGGAAAUCUGCCUCCCGGAUUUGACCCGUCUCAGUGCAACAGUGUCUAUGUUGGAAACAUUCAUGUAAAUGUCACCGAUAAGCUUCUUGCUGAAGUCUUCCAGAGUGUUGGUCCUCUUGCAGGAUGCAAGCUCAUCAGAAAGGAUAAGUCGUCAUAUGGAUUUAUUGACUACCAUGACCGACACUCUGCAGCCCUUGCAAUAAUGAAUCUGCAUGGACGCCAACUUUAUGGUCAGGCACUUAAGGUGAAUUGGGCAUAUGCCAAUAGCCAGAGGGAAGAUACUUCAGGGCACUUCAAUAUAUUUGUCGGUGAUCUUAGUCCAGAGGUUACAGAUGCAACUUUAUUUGCUUGCUUCAGGGUCUAUCCUAGUUGUUCUGAUGCAAGGGUCAUGUGGGAUCAAAAAACUGGCCGCUCAAAGGGAUAUGGCUUUGUUUCUUUCCGUGAACAGCAGGAUGCUCAGAGUGCUAUAAAUGAUUUAACAGGUAAAUGGCUUGGAAAUAGGCAAAUAAGAUGCAACUGGGCAACCAAAAAUGCUGGUUCUAGUGAAGAGAAGCAGAGUAGUGACAAUCAAAAUGCCGUUGUGCUUACAAAUGGAUCUUCAGAUGGAGGUCAAGAGAACUCCAACGAAGAGGCCCCUGAAAACAAUCAAGCAUACACGACUGUCUAUGUUGGCAACCUCUCCCAUGAGGUUACUCAAGCUGAACUUCAUAUUCAGUUUCAUGCUCUUGGGGCUGGGGUUAUUGAGGAAGUACGUGUGCAGAGGGAUAAAGGUUUCGGAUUUGUGAGAUACAACACUCAUGAUGAAGCAGCGUUGGCUAUUCAAAUGGGAAAUGGCAGGAUAGUUCAUGGAAAGUCCAUGAAGUGCUCGUGGGGUAGCAAACCAACUCCUGCCGGGAUAGCUUCUAAUCCACUACCUCCUCCUGCCCAGCCCUAUCAGAUUCUUCCUACUGCUGGUAUUAACCAAGGAUAUUCUCCAGCUGAUUUGAUGGCAUAUCGGCGUCAACUUGCCUUGAGUCAGGCUGCUGCCACGUCCAUGGCAUUGAACUCUGGCGGAUCCCAACCUAUGUACGAUGCGUAUCCUAACAGUUCAUCCGGUCACCAGCUAAUGUAUUAUCGUUAACACUAGGGCCGGUGGUGGGUUUUCGGCAGAGUUGCUAUUGCGUUUGGUUGCAUUGUGCCAAUUCUCUCUUGAACAUCGUCAGUCAGACCGCUUGUGCUAUGCGUUACUACAAACGAGAUUGUGCGUCCCGUCUUUUUCUUCGUCUGUUUUUCCGGUUACAGAUUGUGAAUUCAUCUUCAGUUACAUGAGUUUUUGAUCUCCUAUGUAUGUUGUAUCAUGUAAUAUGUGAUUAGAGAUGUGAUUUUCUUUUUAAAUUUGUGGGAUUUGUUGUGAAAUGGGGAUUUAUUUUUUAUUUUUUAUUUUUUGGUUGUAUCAUGUAAUAUGUGAUUAGAGAUGUGAUUUUCUUUUUAAAUUUGUGGGAUUUGUUAUGAAAUGGGGAUUUUUUUAUUUUA